AAUACUGCUGAUUUGUCAUCUUCUUUUUUUUUUAUUUGUUUCUCUUACAGGUGAACAUGUGAUCCGAUGUUAGUUGCAGGGGUGCAACCUAGAGGUUUCAUGUUCAAUUCCAAUAAACAGUCUCUCCACAUAUUAUGUGGAGGCAAGGUCUACGUACAUUCUGCAUGUCCCCGACUCCGUGCCCACUGCGGAAUCCUUGUGCACGAGAGUUGUUUACCUGAAAAAUAUCUCUUAUCCUGUCCACAAGAGACAAACAAGGGUCCCUAGCUUACCACUGCUAUAGGAAGAGAAGAGAUAUGGCAGAAACUGAAGAGAAAAGAUGCAGUGGCGGGUACGUGAAAGAGCUAAAGAAGGUAAGCUAUAUUGCAGCUCCAAUGGUGACAGUGAGUGUGUUGCAGUAUCUUCUGCAAGUUGUAUCAGUAGUUAUGGUUGGACAUCUUGGUCAGCUCGUGCUAUCUAGUGUAGCCAUUGCUACCUCUCUCACCAAUGUAACCGGAUUCAGUCUUCUUUCAGGAAUGGCUGGUGGAUUGGAGACACUAUGUGGUCAAGCUUAUGGAGCACAACAAUAUCAAAAGCUAGGAAUCUAUACUUACAGUGCCAUGAUAUCUCUUCUUCUUGUUUGUCCCCCAGUCUGUGUUCUGUGGAUCUUCAUGGACAAGCUCUUACCAGUUGUCGGCCAAGACCCCCUAAUCUCACACGAAGCCCGCAACUACGCAAUCUGGCUAAUCCCUGCACUCUUUGGAAGUGCAAUCCUUAAACCACUAACACGUUACUUGCAGACACAGAGUUUAAUCCUUCCAAUGAUGCUAACCUCCUUGUCCACACUUUGCUUCCAUACAGUUCUUUGUUGGACUCUUGUAUUUAAAUUCGAUUUAGGAAGUAUCGGUGCAGCCAUCGCCUACGGUUUGUCGACUUGGUUGAAUGUACUAGUGUUGGGGCUCUAUAUGUCAUACUCUUCAGCCUGCGAGAAAACUCGUGCAUCGUUGUCGAGAGAUGCUUUGCUUGGUCUCGGACAGUUCUUUCGCCUUGCUGUCCCUUCUGCUGUAAUGGUUUGUCUGAAAUGGUGGUCAAUGGAGCUGCUAACAUUGUCCUCUGGCCUUUUAUCAAAUCCGCAGCUCGAGACUUCAGUGCUUUCUAUAUGCCUUACAAUCUCUACAUUGCAUUUCACCGUACCUUACGGAUUUGGAGCUGCAUCAAGUAUUCGGGUCUCCAAUGAACUAGGAGCUGGAAACCCUCGAUCGGCUAGAGUGGCAGUUGGAGCAGCAAUGGCCAUAGAAGCUGUGAUUGUAAGCGCAAGCCUGUUCUGCAGCCGGAACGUUUUAGGGCUUGCUUACAGCAAUGACAGGCAAAUACAGCAUUACAUUGCAGUCAUGACUCCUUUCCUUUGUCUCUCAAUAAUCACAGACAGCUUACAAGCAGUCCUUUCAGGGGUUGCUAGAGGAUGUGGAUGGCAACACAUAGGGGCAUACAUAAAUCUUGGAGCAUUCUAUUUGGUUGGACUUCCAGUGGGUGCUCUACUUGGUUUUGUAGCACAUUUAAGAGGGAAAGGCCUGUGGAUUGGAAUAGUAGCUGGUUCAAUUGUGCAAUCAACACUUCUUUCUCUCAUCAGUGUUUUCACUGAUUGGGAAAAACAGGCAACAAAGGCAAAGGAAAGGGUGCUUGUGAGGAAAUGAGUGGAAAGAUGUCAUCACAGUUUGUGUUUUGCACCUUAUAUGUUUGAUGGUGUGGAUGAGUGAGAUGAUAAGUGGGGUCCGCUACUUUGGGUCCCACAUAUUUUAAAUCAAGGGUGUUAUUUUACACUCUUACUUUGGAUCUUUAUGUGAGAAUUACUAUAUAUAUAUAUCCCACUACAGAAUUCAAGUGUUAAGACAAGUUAUGAG